UUUCCCGCACGUCCGAGGUCACCCGGCUCCCUCUGAGAUGGACGAGUGGAGCCUCCACGAGGCGCCUCCGAACACCCCGGAGCGUGGCCUCCGCGCGAGCGCAGCCCGCGGCGGCGGCGACGGCCGGCCGCCGCCGGAGCCGCUCAGCAGCAAGGCGCCCGUCCCGUCCGCGCAGCUCAGCCUGUACCGCGCGGCCGUCGCGCUCCGCGCCGCCCUCCUGGCGCUCUUCCUCCGGUACCGCGUCACCCACCCGGUGCCCGACGCCUACGGGCUGUGGCUCACGGCCGUCGCCUGCGAGGCCUGGCUCGCGCUCUCGUGGCUGGCCGCGCAGCUGCCCAAGCUCUCCCCGGCCACCCGCGCCACGCACCUCCACAGGCUCGACAAGGACGACUGCUCUGGCGGCGGGAGGCGGAUGGCGGGCGUGGACGUGUUCGUGAGCGCGGCGGACGCGAGCAGGGAGCCGCCCCUGGCCACGGCCAACACGGUGCUGUCCGUGCUCGCGGCCGACUACCCCGCCGGCAGGCUCGCGUGCUACGUGUCAGACGACGGCGCCGACAUGCUGCUCUUCGAGGCGCUCUUCGAGACGGCGCGGCUCGCGCGGAGGUGGGUCCCCUUCUGCCGCCGCCACGGGGUGGAGCCGCGGGCGCCCGAGCCCUACUUCGCGCGGAACGUCGACUACCUCCGGGACAAGGUCGCGCCGUCCUUCGUCAAGGAGCGCCGCGCCAUGAAGAGGGAGUACGAGGAGUUCAAGGUGAGGAUGAACUACCUCGCUGCCAAGACGAGCAAGGUGCCGGAGGAAGGAUGGCUCAUGUCCGACGGCACGCCGUGGCCCGGGAACAACUCGAGAGACCACCCCGCCAUGAUACAGGUCCUCCUGGGGCACUCCGCCGAUGAUCGCGACGCCGAGGGGGUGGAGCUCCCCCGGCUCUUCUACGUGUCGCGGGAGAAGAAGCCGGGCUUCCAGCACCACAAGAAAGCCGGCGCCAUGAACGCAUUGCUCCGGGUGUCUGCCGUGCUGACAAAUGGCGCCUACGUGCUCAACCUGGACUACGACCACUACGUCAACAACAGCGGAGCCCUGAGGGAGGCCAUGUGCUUCCUCAUGGACCCGGAGGCUGGCAACAGGACGUGCUUCGUCCAGUUCCCUCUGCGGCCCGCCGUCUCGGCGGCCGACGACCAGGGAGGUCGGUGGGGGAGCCGCGAGCGCGACUCCGUCUUCUUCGAUGUAAAGGAUCGAGUUCACUUCACUUGCCCGCCAUCUGUGCCGCCGAUUCGGUUCAUCUGCUCGACCGAUCACGCUAACGUUCAUUCGGUUCGUCAGAUCGACAUGAAAUGCUUGGACGGCAUUCAGGGCCCGGUCUACGUCGGCUCCGGGUGCUGCUUCAACCGGAAGGCGCUGUACGGGUUCGAGCCGGCGGCGGCUGAGGCCGACGACGCCGACGACCUGGAGACCGGCCGUCGGAGGUGGUGCUGUUUCGGGGGCAGCGAGAGGCGAAAGCUGAGGCUGAGGAGGAACAGGUCCGUCGUGCCCUUGCUGGACUCUGCAGACGACGAUGAGGAAACAGUGGGCGCGAGGAGGCGGAGGCUGCUCUCGUACCACGCCGCGCUGCAGCGCCACUUCGGCCAUUCCACAUUGUUCAUCGCCUCGGCGUUCAAAGAGAAAGGGCCGGCGGCGGCGGCCAUGGCAGUUGCACCCACUCCUCUCCUCAAGGAGGCCAUCCACGUCGUCAGCUGCGCGUACGAGGAGCGGACGAGAUGGGGCAAAGAGGUCGGAUGGAUUUACGGCGCCGGCGCCGGCCUGGCGACGGGAUUCAGGAUGCACGCGCGCGGGUGGGCGUCGGCGUACUGCGUGCCGGCGCGACCCGCGUUCAGGAGCUACGCGGGGGCCAGCCCCUCGGACAUGCUCGCCGGCGCGUCGCGGCGGGCGUCGGCGGCCAUGGGGAUCCUGCUGAGCCGGCACUGCCCCGUCUGGGCCGGCGGCGGCAGCAUGAGGCCCCUGCAGCGGCUGGCCUACGUGAACUGCGUCGCCUACCCGCUCACCUCCAUCCCGCUCACCGUCUACUGCGCGCUCUCGGCCGUCUGCCUCCUCACCGGCAAGUUCAUAUUCCCCGACGACGUGGACGACUACGACGGGUUCCUGCUCGUCCUGCUGCUGUCCUCGGUGAUCGCGUCCGUGGCACUCGAGCUGAAGUGGAGCGGCGUGUCGCUGCGGGCGUGGUGGCGAGCCGAGAAGCUCUGGGUGGUGAUCGGCACAUCGGCGGGCCUCGCCGCUGUCUUCCAGGGCAUCCUCAGGGCGUGCACUGGCAUCGACGUCGGCUUCUCGACGGACACGGCGGCGGCGCCGGCGGUGUCCGGUCAGCCGUCCGAGGACGAUGACGAGGAGGAGAUGAUGCCGGACUCGAUGCGGUCGGUGCUGUGGACGAACCUGCUGGUGCCGCCGAUCAGCGUGCUGCUGGGCAACCUCGCCGGCGUGGUGGUGGCAGUGUCGUACGGGAUGGACCACGGGCACGAGUCCUGGGGCCCGCUAGGCUGGAAGCUGGUGUUCGCCGCGUGGGUGGUGGCGCAUCUGCAGGGGUUCCUCAGGGGGCUCCUCUCGCGGCGGGAACGGGCGCCGACCAUCGCCGUGCUCUGGUCGGUGCUCUUCGUCUCCAUUCUGUCGCUGAUGUGGGUGAACACGCAGACGUACUAUGGGCCGUCGGCACCAUCGGCCACGCACCAGCCCAUCUUUUGAGGGAGAUCAGAAAUAAAAACGGGAUUGCUGAAUCUCAGUCGACGGACUUAAUGAAUUCUUAACUGAUGUUAUAUUCAUGAGAUCUUACACAAAUGUUUGUGUAAUUAUUUAUUUCUUUUUUAUAAGUUUUGUCACUUGACGAAUUUUGUUACGUCCCAGUCAACUGAGAUCCAGUUGCACCCAAAUAAAAAUUGUACAUGUAGAAAGGGUUGUUUUA